AUGUCCGGAGACAACAAUGUGCUUGUGUCGUCAGACUCUUUUAUAGAAAGAGAAGUCAAGAACAGCUACAAGACACCGGGAAUAAAACCGCAGCAUGAAGUUACCUGGCGUGAAGUGAAAACUUACCUGAAGACUCGGUUUACAACGCUGUUCCCAACAAAAGAGGAACUCAAAGACAACUAUCGGAAAUAUCCGGUGAAUCCAUUUCCUGCACUGGGAUGCAUGAACGCACAGCAAACACAAUUCUUCAUUGUAGGGUUUUUGGCAUGGACUUGGGAUGCCCUAGAUUUCUUUGCCGUUUCUUUGAACAUGGCAGGCAUUGCCAAAGACCUCGAUAAACCUAUCAAAGAUAUCACCCAUGCUAUAACACUGGUUUUGCUGUUGAGAGUCAUUGGUGCUGUCAUUUUCGGCUAUCUGGGCGACCGGUUUGGCCGGAAACUGCCGUACUGCAUCUCAAUGGCGCUCAUCAUCGUGAUCCAGAUAGCCACUGGCUUUGUUAAGACGUUUCCGGCAUUUUUGGGCUGUCGUGCGCUUUUUGGCAUAGUAAUGGGGUCCAUAUAUGGUGUUGCAAGUGCAACUUCGUUGGAAAACGCCCCGGAAGAAGCCAAGUCCAUUCUUUCGGGAAUUUUCCAAGAGGGCUACGCCAUGGGGUAUCUUCUGGGCGUUGUAUUCAAAAGAGCCAUUGUAGACAAUUCUCCUCAUGGUUGGAGGGCCUUUUUUUGGUUCAGUGCUGGACCACCAGCCUUAUUUAUAGUCUGGAGACUGCUGCUACCCGAAUCUCAUGCGUUCGUCAAACGUAAGGCUUUAGAGGCUGCUGACGGAACUAAAACUGACGAAACGCUCAAUUCUUCAAAACCAACCGACAGAUUUUGGUCAAAUGCAAAAUCGGCUAUCAUUCAACACUGGAUAACGUUGGUGUAUCUAGUCAUUCUAAUGGCCAUGUUCAACUUCUCGUCUCAUGGUUCCCAAGACCUGUUUCCCACUAUGCUCACAAAACAAUAUGAUUAUUCCGAAGAUGCUUCUACUGUCACCAACUCAGCUGCCAAUAUUGGCGCCUUAGUAGGAGGAAUUUUAGUGGCCCAUGUUUCGAGCUUCAUAGGACGAAGAUGUGCGAUAUUCCUGUGCUGUCUUGGUGGAGGCGCUCUUCUCUAUCCUUGGGGCUUUAUUUCAAGCCCUCGCGGGCUAAAUCCAGCGGUCUUCUUCCUGCAAUUCUUUGUUCAAGGAGCUUGGGGUGUAGUGCCAAUCCAUCUGACUGAGCUUUCACCGGUCGAGUUUCGCGCUUUCGUUACGGGAGUUGCCUAUCAAAUGGGUAAUAUGAUCAGCAGUGCGUCUUCAACAAUCGAAGCUACUAUUGGUGAGCGCUUCCCCAUCGAGGGUAAAGAAGACGCUUUCGACUACGGAAAGGUUAUGUGCAUAUUCAUGGGAUGUGUAUUUGCAGGUUUACUGAUAACCACCGUGCUUGGUCCCGAAAAUAAAGGUGGACAAGUGGUUGUGGAUGAUCAUGUUCUCCGUUCCCGCGGUUCACUUGAGAACCACGACGAUAACCCUUACGGCUUUGGACGUCGUGGAUCACUCGACUCUUCGCAUUCUGCUUUCAAACCUACAGUUGAAUACGUCGCCAGAGUUGAUGCUUCACAUUACCAGGCCUCUGUAUAA